AUGAAAAACCCCGACCAUUAUGAUUCGUACGACUAUCGAUGCCGUGACAGUGGUACAUCUGAUUCUGAAUCCGACAAUGGUCGGGAUGACAGUAAUUCGGUGUCCAGUGCGUACCAAGGUUCAAGUGAUGGUGAUGGCGAUGGCGAUGGUGAUAGUCACGGUGAAAAAUUUGUUGAAUUUGAUGCAGUUGUAGGUGAUAGAACAGUGAAAAUUAAUGCCCUUACUGCUGAUGAAAUUCGUGCUAUGGAAUUCGGUACAGUUGAUGAAGCUAAUGUGUUUUAUUUCAAGUAUGCUAAAUGUAAAGGGUUUGCCAUUAGGAAAAGUGAUGUUAGGACAAGAUCGACUGAGGAUGGACAAACAAUUAUAAUGAGGCAGUUUGUAUGCAAUAAACACGGUCUAAGAGAUACAAAACACUUAAGGAGGCUUGAUAGAAAAAGAGAACACAGACCUACGACCCGCACUAAUUGUCCCGCUAGGCUUCGUGUGCAUUACAACCCCCAGAAGGAUAUUUAUGUAGUGACAUGUUUUGAAGAGGCUCACAACCAUGAAUUAACACCAUCUAGGUUUGUCCACUUACACCCCAUUUAUCGUGAGAUUACUGCAGCAGAUAGAGCUCAAAUUGACGGUCUACAGUCAAAUGGAAUUAGAACUUGUCAUAUAAUGGGGUACAUGGUUGCUCAGAAGGGUGGACACGAUCGUGUUGGGUUUACAAAGAAGGAUCUGUACAAUUAUUUUGAUAGUAAAAUGCGUGCUAAUAUUAAAGAUGGUGACGUUGCCGCUGCUAUAAAUUAUCUAACUGUGAAGUCAUCUACUGAUCCCAUGUUAUAUGGUAAAUAUGCCGUAGACAUGGAUGGACGAAUGAAGUCUCUUUUUUGGGCUGAUGGAAGCAGUAGAUCUGACUAUUUUUGUUUUGGCGAUGUGAUUGCGUUCGACACGACUUACAAGAAGAACAAAUACAACUACCCAUUGGUUAUAUUUUCAGGGUGUAACCACCACUCUCAGACAGUUAUUUUUGGUGCUGCGUUGGUGUCAGAUGAAACGACAGAGACGUAUAAGUGGUUGUUGGAGUGUUUUUUAGAGUGCAUGGAAAAUAGAUACCCAGCAGCAGUUGUAACAGACGGAGAUGGGGCGAUGAGGGAAUCUAUAAAACAGGUGUUUCCGGAUGCGACACAUCGUUUAUGCGCUUGGCAUUUGAACAAGAAUGCGUCUGAGAAUGUAAAGAACUCGGCAUUUUUGAAAGAUUUUCAAAAAGCCAUGUACUCUAAUUUUACAAAGGAUCAAUUUGAAGAGUUUUGGUCAAAAAUAAUUAAAGAAAACGGACUUGAAGGAAAUCCUUGGGUUGCAAAAACGUACGAGAACAGGUCACUAUGGGCAACUGCAUAUCUACGUGAGAAGUUUUUUGGACGUAUAAGAACUACGUCUCAAUGUGAAGCCGUCAAUGCAAUCAUCAAGAGUUAUGUCAGGAAGAAAGGCUGCAUUUUUGAAUUUAUGCACAAUUUUGAUCAGGCUAUGAGAUCUUAUAGAAACAAUGAACUGAUUGCCGAUUAUAAAUCAAAGUUUUCAGAACCUGUGAUGACUACUCAACUGCGUGCCCUUGAGAGCCAUGCUGCGAAUGUUUAUACUAUGGAGAUUUUCAAGGAAGUCAGAGAUGAAAUAGUGAAGGCUGGAUCAUUGAUUGUUAAGGAAAAGUUAAUUCGCAACGGAUUUAAGACUUAUCGAUUUACAAAAUAUUGUUGUGAUAACUAUGACGUAGAGGUUGUGUAUGAUGGUGAAACACUUCAAUGUGAGUGUAGGUUAUGGGAUUCUCAUGGGAUUCCAUGUUCUCAUAUGUUUGGUGUCAUGAAGGAAGAACAUGUUAGUCUCAUUCCCACCGGUUUGAUUUUGUCGAGAUGGACGAAGGAUGCAAAAAUUCAGUACUUGAACGUGAAUUGUAAUGGUUCUGAUGAUUCUAAAAUGAUUGAGCUAGCUCGGUUUGGUGCAUAUUGUUCUGCAUUUACUGCCUUUUGCAAUGAAGCUUCAAAAAGGGAAGGUGUUUAUGGGGAAAUAAUGGGUGACAUUCUGAAGUUACACAAAAAGUAUUGCAGUACGGACGAUCCUAUUUUGGCAUCGAACUCAGUUGUAGGUGAUCCAAAUAUUGUGAAUAGCAAAGGUGCUCCAAAGAAAAGAAAGAAUGACAUAAAAUCUAUUAGGCGAUGUUCUAAAUGCAACAGUAGAACUCAUAAUGCAAGGAGUUGUUCGGCUGAAGAAGAAUCUUUUGGAUACAAGAAGACAAGCAGAAAACAUGUCCUAGCUGUGAAUAAGUCAAGAAACAAUGAAGAAUCACUAGUUGAAUUAGGUUCUAUGGUGAAGCUAACUUCUAGAGUUGAAGCACUCCAAGACUUGACAAACUCAAAAUCAUUAGGAGUAAAAUUGCUCAUAAACAUCUGA